CCCCAGUCUCUGCGUGACGUCAUUACCGCGCGACGCCAUACUUGACUCACGGUCGGAAUCGGAUAUCGUUUAGUGUGGCGUUUCAUUGAGAUCCGACAGGUUCAGAACGCAAGUAAAAGAUGGCAGACAAUCAGGAAAUGUCUCCUCUGGAGAAGAAAGUGGCAGACCAGAUUGAGUACUAUUUUGGUGACCACAAUCUCCCCCGAGACAAGUUUCUGAAGGAGCAGAUGCAGCUGGAUGACGGCUGGGUCACUCUGGAGACAAUGCUGAAAUUUAAUAGACUAAAGACUCUCACGUCAGAAGCAGCCUUCAUUGUGGAGGCGCUACAGAAAUCUAAAAGUGGUCUGCUGGAGAUCAGCGAAGACAAAACCAAAAUAAGGCGAAACCCGAGCAAACCUCUUCCAGAGAACAGUGAGGAAUACAGGGACGCGCUCAAACACAAAUCCAUCUACAUGAAAGGUUUUCCUCUUGAAACUACACUGGAUGAGGUGAAAGAGUGGCUUGCUGAUAAAGGAACAGUCGAGAACAUCUACAUGAGGAAAGGACCCCUGAAGACUUUCAAAGGAUCAAUCUUUGCGGUUCUUGAAUCUGAAGAGGCUGCCAAAGCUUUUGUCGAACGUGCCGACGUCAAAGAGUACAAAGGGAACGAGAUGAUCGUUAUGAUGAAAGAAGCCUACUUUACUAAAAAGAUGUCAGAGAGGAAGCAAAAUCGAGUGGAAGCAAAAGCUAAAGCAAAAAGUGAAAAGGAGGACAAGCAGAAACAAGCUGAAGAAGAAGAGCUGAAAUCCCUGAAUGAUCAGAGAGGCUGUCUGCUGAAGUUCUCCGGUGAAUUGGGUCAGACCUCGAGAGAAGAUUUUCACACGGUCUUCUCUGAUCAUGCCCAAAUUAAAUGGAUUGAUUUCACCAGAGGAGCAAAAGAGGGCACCAUUCUGUUUCACUCAAACGCUAAGGAUGCCCUGCAGAAAGUCCGCGAGGCUAUGGCAGGGGAGGAUCCGAAGGUUAAAGACCAUGUUGUUCAGUGGGAGAUACUUGAGGGAGACGCCGAGAUGGAGAUGCUGAAGAAAAUCAUCGAGGAUCAGCAGGAGUCCAUUAACAGACGCAAACAAGGCAGAGGAGGUCACAGGGGUCGUGGAAGAGGCAGGGGAGGCCGCAGAGACCGAGGAGGACGAGAACAGACCCAGUUCAGGGGAAAGAAGACCAAGUUUGAUAGUGAUGAAGAGGGAGAUGAAGCACCCGCCAGUCCAAAGAAGAGACCCCUUGAUUCGAAUGGACAAGAUAAUGGAGCACCGGUUUCCAAACAAGCAAAAAGCGAGAAUGGUUCUUAAGGGCAAAGAGCCGUGGCCUUCAUUUUGUACUGUAGAUGUUCCCUAAAUUCAAGAGAUCUGGAAAAUGCAUUCUCAGACUACUUCCUGUGUCAAAGGCUAAAAGCUGCACAAAAGCUUUACGCCACACUUUACCCUUAAACUCGUCAUGAAAAAGGCAUCAUGCAUCAAAUUCUUAUGGAAUUGUUUUCUUUGAACAAACAUCCUGGAUGCCGGUUAUUUAUUUGCCAUAAACACACGUAUGAUUUAAGAUCUCAUAAGCAGCUUUAUAAAUGUGGCGUUUUCAAAAUCUGUUCAGCUUGUUCAACACAGUUUGCUGGUAACGCUUGUGUAACUAUUGACAUCUUUGUGUGUUCUUUCAGUCCUAGAGCGGUGACAGUCUGAUUACUCUGUACCGAUUAGUUUUUCAGCUUUAUCAAGGAGCUGAUUAUUGGUUCUGACAGCAUUUGUAUGCAAUACUGUAUUAUUUUUUAGAAAUGUUUGAGGCCUACAAGUAAACUUGUAAGGGUUUGGGAAAUGUCUGAAUUUUUAGUCUUAAUCUAGUUUUUUUUUUUUUUUCAUUAACGAAAACCUAUUUUCUGCCUGUUAAAAAUAUUCUUUAAUUUCGUCACUUGCACAAACGUAGCACAAUAAGUGUGUGGAAUCCUUAUUUCUUUUUCUUCGUUGCUGUAAAGUUGCUUCAAGUGGUUACAGAGGCAUGUAGGUCCAGAGAGUUUUCAUUAAGAGUAUUUAAUUUUGACUGAAGAUUUUUUUUAACUCACCUUUUCUUUAUCACAGCAACGGAAACAUGUCUCUUAAUCUAAAGUGCUGUUUUAGAUGCCAUGCUUCAUAUUUACCCCUUCAGGGCUUCAACAAGCACUCAUUUUUUCCCUUGUUUUUUACUGUAUCUCAUGUGUUAAGAUGAAUAUUACACACAUUUAGAAUUUCAAUAAAGAUCUUGAAAAUCAAAACUGUAA